CAGAGUCUUAUUUCCAUUCAUCACAGGAGUUGCUCGAUCGUGCUUCACUAUCAGAUUGUUCUAUUCUUUCUUUAAGCCUUGUUCUUAAAGAAAUAUAGGUUUCCCUUUUUCCUUUAAGUUACAAUAUGAUUGGGGGAAAUUAUUCGUUUAAUAAACAUUCGAUUUGUAUUAUGUAACUACAGAUGCGCUAUUAACAAUCUGACUUGUAUUCUAUUCACUGGAUCAUGUGGCGUGUAGUUUCAUAGGAAGCCGGUUAAAUUAAGUUUAGUUUAUUUUGAUAUUAAUGAGUUUUUAGGAAAAUAAGUACAAAAUGGUUGAAGAACAACAGAAACGAGUCGAAGAACAUACUAGCAAAAUAGUCGAAGAAAUUGAUAAAUCAAUGAGAAAAAUGAAGGGUGAUGCAUAUAGAUGUGCUGCAAUUUGUUGUGAUAAUGAGACCUAUAGUAUACAACGAGUACAGAACUGUGUAAAAAAUUGCAAUAAUUCACUGGAUCAAGCUCAAGAAUAUGCUAGAGAAGAACUGGAAAGAGUUCAAAAUCGAUUACAAAGGUGUGUUAUGGAUUGUAAUGAUAGAAUAAAAGAUGCGGCAGGUCCAAAUCCAUCACAGCGUGAUUUGGAAAAAUAUAGUGAGAUAUUUGAUAACUGUGUAACAAAAUGUGUAGAUAAUUAUUGUGAAACAUUACCUACCUUACAAAAAACAAUGAAAAAUGUUUUAUCUGAGAAGAAAUAUCAACAGUAAGAUAAAUAAAACUAAUGAAUUGCAAUCUAGAGAUAAUAAAGUUAUUAGAUACUAAACUGCCAAUAUUUUGUGUAUAUAGCAUAGAAUUUUUUCUUAUUAAGUAUAAAUACAAUUUUUAGUACUACUUUAUAAAAAUGUUUCAAUAAUGUGCAUUUUAAUUGCAUUUAGAUAUAAAAGACAAUUAUGUGUAAACAAUAUUUUAUACACAAGAAAAUAGUGAACAUAAUGAAUUUUAUGAUUAUUGUAUUUAUUAAUUAAUACACUUGAUGAUUGCAGUGGUACAUUUUCAUUUCUCUUUAUUCUUUUCUCUCACUCGCUUUCACUCUCUCUCCCUCUCCCUCCCAGCCUUUCUAUUUUGUUCAACGUAAUAACAAAUUCUGUGUUGCAAUUAAUAUCAUUUCUUUAUUGUUACAAUAGACAUUACGCUUAUUGCACACUUUUUUCAUGAUAUAAAACCUUUCCACCACUCUCGCUCAAAAUACAAAAUAAUUGGUCAAAAUAUGUUGCGUAAAUUUUGUUCUAAACUGUAGGUAAUCUGCGAAUAAAUUGUUUAAAUAAUAAUAAUUUAAAUAUAAAUAUCAACACAACAUAAUUCAAUUGUUUCUUCGCGUGUACAAGUUCCUAUAAAAUUAGCCAUUGGGCUUAGUAUUCAUUUUCUUUCGUUUUUCUCUUUCUGAAAGGAUCAUUGUAACAUUCAAUUCUUAUCAUAGCUGCAAAGAUUAAGGUGGCUCAGUGCACUUCUUGUGCAAUGUAAGGUAUGAGCGAAGUGCCCCACUUUUUGCAAUAAACAGCCCUUUGCUGAUAUGCAAACUCGCAAAAAUUCGA